AUGUAUGGAAACUGUGGGAGCAUCCAAAAUGCAGCCCAAGUUUUCCACGGGAUCAUAAACCCCGACCUCUUCUCGUGGAACAUAAUGCUCAAAGCCUAUGCCCAGAACGGGUGUUUGUGUGAUGUUUGGAACUUGUUCACUAGAAUGGGACAGAAAGACGUAUCCUCGUGGAACAAACUUCUAACUGCGUGCGCAAAAUAUGGAACCGUUGAAACCGCUCUGCUUGUCUUCAAGAAAAUUCCGGAAAGGAGUGUCGUUUCGUGGGGGUCAAUAAUGAAUGCAGUUGCCGCGCCCGGGCAUUGUAUACAACAGGUACAAAAGCUUUUUGACGAGAUGCCUCAGCGAGAUUUUGUCACUUGGACUGCAUUUCUCAAUGCACUUACUCGCGAGAGUUCUUGCUCUAUAGUGGAUGCUAAGAGAGCUUUCGAAAAAAUGCCAGCACAUGGGAUUUAUCCAUGGAACAUAUUGCUUCUGGGUUACAUCAUGGGCUCUCAAAGUCAAGUCGCUCUGGAUCUCUUCUCAAAAAUCACUCAAGAGAGAUCAUCCAUGGUUGACGAUCGAACUUUUGUGGUUGGUUUCAAGGCUUGUGCUCGAGUAGCACGAGAGUCUCAUGAGGAAGGACGGAGCUCUUGUAAGUUUUUGGAAACUGGCAUGGCUUUGCAUGCUAAAGCACUCAACUUCGGCUUGGACUGCUGCUCCAAUCUCUUCCUGGCUAGCACACUGAUCGACAUGUACUCGAGCUGUGGGAGCUUGAUCGAUGCUCGCCGGAUCUUCGAUCGAAUGCACAGCCACGAUGUCGUCUCCUGGAACGCGCUACUUAUGGCCUACGCUCAAAACCACGAAGAAAAAUGCGCUCUCGAUCUACUCGAGCUUAUGACGUGCUCGCCGGAUCGACUCACAUUCGCUGCUGCCGUAAGAGCCUGCUCGAGCCUUGCUGUGAAAGAAGCCGGCCAGGAAAUCUCAGCCAAGAACGUCAAGAUCGGUAGCCUCAAGCGAGGACUCGCAGUUCACUCCCUGAUCGUCCGCAGGAGUGGCGGAGGGGUGGAACUUAUAGAUUCGCUUCUAGCUAGCAGCUUGAUCGACAUGUACUCCAAAUGUGGGAGUAUGAUCGAUGCACGGAGUGUCUUCGAUCGAAUUCCAAUCCAUGGAAGCUCCAUCGACGACGCUGCUGUACUGUGGACCUCGCUCUUGCUGGGAUACGCUGAGAGUGGCGAGGGAGAGAUCGCAGUGGAACUCUUUUGGAAGCUCCAAGAACUUGGGGAUCAAGGGGGAGAGACCUUCCGCGAAUCAAUAUUUCUCGCGGCGAUCAAGGCUUGUGGCAGCAUUGCCAGAAGCCCUUUGCGAUCGAUCCAUGGCGAAGCUUGCCGGCAAGGAAUGAUCCACGGUCAAUGUGGUCAAUGGGACGACGCGCUCGAGACGGCCCUGGUUGACUGCUAUGCAAAGGCCGGCGACUUGAAAGAUGCCAGGAGAAUCUUUGACUCGUGCAAAAGAAAUCCAGUGACGUGGAACGCACUCAUUGGUGGCUAUGCCCGCCACGGCGACGUGAUUCGCGCGUUUGAGCUCUUCUUCCAGAUGGGCUCUGAGGGAUUGGCGCCGGAUAGUGUGACCCUCCUUUCGAUUCUCACGCUAUGCAACCAUACGGGGCUGGUUGAUCAAGGGAAGAAAAUUUUCGAGGCAAUGAUCUCGGCUGGUAGUGGAAUUCAGGUUGGGAUUGAGCACUACCACUGCGUGAUCGAUCUCCUGGGCCGCUCCAAUCGCAUCAGUGAGGCCGUGGCGAUGAUCCAGUCGAUGCCAUUCGAGCCCAAUGCAGUGACGUGGAGAACACUGCUGAGUGCGUGUGGGAAGUGGAGGAACCGAGAAAUCGCCCGCGAUGCAUUCCAAUCUCUCAUGAAGCUGGAUCACCGGGACGCUGCCGGGCACGAUCUAAUUACUAAGCUCUUCCUGACAAAUCAAAUUUCAAAUCUUCUUAGCAUUUAA